UUGUUUUGCCUCUUUACGCGCUUAUGGUCAUUCUUUUUAAGUUUAUAGUUUGGCGUUUAAACCCGAAUACGCGUGUCUGCUUCCCGAAAAGCGACACUCGAGCGCUGAGCAAUUCUGUCGCUUACGAAUUUGCGGCUAGGGAGAAACUCCAGCGUCUCUUGAACAAGAACAUGAGGAUCCGCAUGACUGACGGCCGGACCUUGGUGGGCCUUUUCCUCUGCACGGACCGGGACUGUAACAUAAUCCUCGGGUCGGCCCAGGAGUUCCUCAAAUCCAAAGACACUUUCUCCCAAGGGGAACCCCGAGUUCUGGGCCUGGCCAUGAUCCCGGGUCACCAUGUUGUGUCCAUUGAGGCCGAGGCUGACAUUCUGGAUGACACGCAAGCUUUCGGCGUGAACCACUAGGAAAUGAAAGCACUAUGAAGAACGGACUUGUGCUUUUGUUUUGGAAUUCAAUAUAAUACAUUGUUAUGUCUUUUCAGUGGAGUCUCAAAGUUCAGAAGAAAACACAGGAAUUGAGAACAUGGAGCUUUAUUGUUUUUGCAGUCAAAAACUCCAGUUAUCCCUAUAGAAGGAAGAGUUGGGGAAAAAAAAAAAUUAUACUGCCCUACGAUUGGUUGGCAACCAGUCGAGGGUGUUUCCACCUGGGAUCGGCUCCAACUUGCUUUUUACGUACAACGCAGUCAUCAGUAACAUUUUUGUUUUAGGGAUCAGUUUCAUACAGUUGAGCCCCUGCAUGAGAUUGGCAACAGAAAAUGCAAAAACACAAACAAAACAAUCUCAAUAAAUAACUUAUGCUCUCUUUCAUAAAUUACAGUGUAAAUAGUGUGUUCUUUAAGAAAUAAGUACAGCGCUACCGUAACUUCGAAGUUUUCCGAGUAAAUCGGCCUAACAUCCCGCCUCUCACUGUACUUUGAAGCGUCAGUCAUAUUCCUAAGACACUUUCAGCUUGGCAUGAGUUGCAAUCACACAGCCUUUGAUCAGAAAAGAGUGCUUAUGAAAAUAAAAGUGCACAUUUUGAAAUGA